UCCGUUCACAUUUUCUGGUGUCACAGCGUCACACUGGCUACAUUCAUAUUGGGAGGACAGGACACAAGAAAGAAACAGAACGCUUUUGUCGGAGCUGCAGCUCUGACCAAUAAUGGGAAGUAAACAAAGUUCUGAGAACCAAAUGCCAGCAUAAUCUGCUGGGGAGAAACCACUUUUAAGGAAUUGGGGUUGGGCAGUCAGGAUGAUACUUCAGGGACUACAGAAAACCAUCCUCUGACCGUUGCACAAAAAGGAUUUGACGGUGGAAUUGGGACCAUUUUGGCUGGAGGAAACAUGUCGUUCUGCUCUCUUGAGACGCUGCCUUGUGCCAGCAAGAUGAUCGUGACUGUGGAUGAGAAAUUAAUUGAUGAAUGGAUCUCAGAGUGUGAUGCAAAAACAUGGGAAUCUCGAAAAAGGGAGAUAAUACAGACUUUUUCAUCUGCAUCAACUCUCAAUGGUAGUUUUCUUAAUCACAGUGGUGACCAGCAUUACCAAACCACAGUGGAGAAUUCAGGUCUGGACUUGUCUCUAGCACGUCUUGCCUUUGAGAAGCUGGCAAAGAACCAAACUGUGUUGAAACAGGUGGGAUCGGUGGUGCGGGACACGCUGCUUCGCUCCCUGAGCGAUGCACCGCCUGGCGUGGAAGACCUGCGAGUCUAUUUGAUCCUGCCUGAACUUCUGAGGGUCCUGCCCAUGGACAGGGACCUCUGUGCAAAUUUCGCUGGAGCAGUUGGCAAACUGCAGCCGGACUGCCUGAAGACCCUAGAGGGUUUAUGGUCAAAACUUCCAAAAUCCUUCUUCAAGUCCCUGGUGAAGGUGAUUCGCUCGGCGUGCACAUGGUUCCUUCACAAGAUGUGGACAGAGCAGAAAGAUUUCAGGAUCUCCGUUGAAAAGACAGCAAACGUUCUUCAGAAGCUGUAUGAGGUGAACUACAACUCUAGAUGGAAGAUAGAGGACAGAAACUUCUACAUCAACGAGAUGAAGAUCUUCAUUACAUCUUUUCCAGGAGAGCUGCCACCGGAUGCAUACAUCAUUGACUGCAUGUUACAAUUCUUGUUCAAUAGGUUGGUCUUGUACCCAGGCAUCUUUGACAUGGAGACAAAAUGUAUGGUCUUCUUGAGAGAUGUAUGCAAGCAUUUUCUGAAUGCCAGUUUGGGUAAUUCACUGCACAAUCAUCUGUGUGUGAACAGAAAGUCCCUUCUGACUGAUACCUUCCAACAACUGCGAAACAAUGACCGUGACUUCCUCUGGCCUUUACAGGUAAAAUUUGAAAACGAGGAUGGUAUUGAUGAAGGAGGUUCGCCUCAGGAGUUCUUCACUCUCGUUGCAAGGGAAAUUCUCUCGCUGGAGCCAAAGAUGCUGGAGCUGUUGGAAGACUCAAGACUUGUCUGGUUCAUGCCAGAGGGCCACCGGGACCACGAUGCCCACAGCUUGCUUGGGGUUCUCUGCGGAAUGGCGCUGUACAACCAGUGCAUUGUGAAUUUCAACUUCCCACUGGCCCUGUUUAAGAAGAUGCUGGGUUUUAUGCCGACUCUGGAAGACCUGAAAGAACUCUCUCCCAUCGAAGCCAGGAACUUGCAAGGAGUCUUAGAUGCAGAUGAAGACGAUUUGGAGCUGAUGUAUUUGGAUUUCACGGCUAGAGGCCACGAAGUAGUUCCAGAUGGAAGAGAGAUAUCAGUAACCAAAUCCAACAGGCAGCAGUACGUGGAAAAGUAUGUUGAUUUUAUUUUCAACAAGUCGGUGGAGAAGCAGUUCUUUGACUUUUUGGGGGGUUUUUCGCAAGGCUGCCCAAAUGAAUUGUGGAAGAUGUUUCUUCCAGAGGAGCUGAUGGCCCUUCUGAGUGGAAACGUUGAUUAUGUGUGGGAGGAGCUGGAGAAGAAUGCUAUAUAUAAGGGAUAUAUGCCCACAGACAUCAACAUCAAAAACUUCUGGACUGUCUUCUUUGAACUGUCUGAGGAGAAAAAGAAGAAUUUUCUGUCCUACACGACAGCAAGCAACCGGCUGCCCAUGGGGGGACUGGCAAAAAUGAAGAUCACUAUUGUGAACCAAAACGAGCCCAACCCCGAUUACUUUUAUCCGGUUGCAACCACCUGCAAUUACCACCUAUUCCUUCCAAAUUACAGCAGCAUUGAUAUUCUGAGAAAGAAGUUUGUCCAUGCAAUCUCUAUUCACAAGGGAUUUGGAACAGAUUGAAGCGUCACAUGAAGAUAAAGACAGUAAUCCUUCAACUGCUGAGGUUUCACACAGUGGCCACUAGAGUGGCAACAUUCUCGUCACUUUUGAACAGUCUUCAUCUGUGUCUGUCAUCUCUGAUCUAAUUUUCAGGUCAGACCAAGCUAGAACAGCUCUGGGUUUUUUUUUUGACUUUAGAAUUACUCCUUUACCAUGCAAUUAUACCAUGUUUAAACAAAACAAAAUUGAAUAAUCUUCAGUAGAGCGUUAAUUCAAUGAUUUAUUAUGAACUAUUUUGAAUGAUUUCAUUAUUCGUCUUUCUUUAUUAAUGAUUUAUAUUUUCAGUUUAUUCCAUUGGUUCAUUUUGAAUAUAGGGCAUGAAUCGAGCUGUGUUAACAAUGCAGCCAAGCGUGGUAUAUAAGUGCAAUGGCACACAACAGCCACAAGAGGGUGCACCAAGCCUGUUCCCCAAACAAUAGAUUCCAGAAUUUUAUAUGAUAGCCCGUGCAAGUUGAACUAACAGGCCUGUAAUUUUCUGUAUUAGUGCAGUUCUUUCCUGGAUCAAUUCGGUCUCAAAUAUGUAAUUAUAUAUUUUUUUGCUGCUGUAUAAUAUCAGUUUCUCCAAUGUCUGUAGGAGCACUUGAAUUUGAGUUAAUAAAAUGGUGGUCUAGCAAACGCCAUGAAAAGAAGAUGCAAGUUGAUGAG